CGUGCCACCACCUUAUAACCACAUGAUAGUUAAAAUUUAACAAAAACAUUUUGUGAAGUUUUUUGAAGCCAUAUUCAAAUUUCGGUUCUGGUUUUCUAAAUUAUUAGUAGAAAUUUAAAACAAAAUGAAUGUUGAGAGCGAUUACAUUAUGCUGGGGAACUACUGCCUCCAACCGGUUCCCCGCUUUAUGUGCUCAAGCAGUGAAUUCACUCCAGAGGCUCCACCUAGAGAGACUCAGAAAAAUGUAGCACUAUUUCUCGCUAAAGAUGCGUCUCCUGAAGAUUCAACGUACGGGGCUCACUUUACCGAAUACGGCGGGGUCGGAAAGGCUAAGCUGAACCCAAAAUACGCCAAUGUACCUAGAAAGCAUAUGCAUUUUAAAUGCGGAGCCGAUAUUCCGAUUCCGCCGCCUGUUACGGACCUGAACCGGAAGUUCUUAGUCAACAGGAAUAAAGGGUUUUUCGCACAGCCUCUCAAUCAAAUGGGUUACCAGAUGAAAGCCGUUUCCGAUAAGUACAAUCGUCCGUUUCGAAUUGCCAAUCCUGUAAAACUGAGUUUAUUCCCGCGAUCUGUCGUCUACGAAUUGGAAUUUAUAAAAAACGAGUACAGGCAGAAGAUGCUGCACGCUCUUGAAAUCGAGCGAAAAGCUUUUGCGGAGAAGAAAAGAAAGAAAAUCAUGAACACAGGUGAUCAGGAAAAAGUAGCCGUUCCGACAGAAGAAAUACAAAAGAAUGAUGACAUGUUGAAGCAAAGGGUGGCAGAGCCGCCGUUUUGGUAUGAAAACCCACCAGGAUCGAGACACUUACAGCAAGAAAGUCCUGUGGGAAGCAUCAACGACUGUCAUACUAGAAAGUUCUUCACCAUGCCGCCGAAAGUAGACUUCAUAAAGGAAUUGCACCUCCAUUCCCCAGAUAAUUACAUACCUGGGGAGGUUUAUAAAAAGAAGAAAGAUCCUAUCGAAAUCCUAACGUCAGAAUCUUCCUGUGUGUCUAAACCAUCGAUCGCCGAAACACAUUUCGAUCCGAGCACUGUACCCGAGAAGAACGAAUUAUGCAGCCGUGUAUAUAGCAGAGGUGAAUCAUACGCCGAAGAGGAAGAAUCGGAAGAAUGCAAGUCCUGCUGCUUUCCGACCGGCUGCGUUCAUAAAAGGGAUGCCAAGUCGAAAGACCCAUGCGACCACGUCCUUCCUUUGAAUCAACAUCAAGAAUUUCCAUACCCAGGAGAGCCCGUAAGGUUUUUGCCAUGGAAUGAAAAAAGACAGGAUGAACUGUUUCAGGUCGGUUAUCCGUUUCGGACAUUAGCAGCUAGGUGGAUGAAAGAGAACGUCGAUCCAAUAAGACCGAGCACGAUAAUGAAGAGCGCAAAAAAACGUUUCCCAGAAAUGUCGUUUUCCAACUUAUAACAUCGUCUGUGGAGGAUAAACUUAUAAAUAGAUUAAACGAAGCAACGGUCCGACAUAGGACGCUUGUGUAAGUAGCCGCUGCAAAUGAUCCGCGCACGGAAGUAAGAAAAUAAAGUGUUGCUAUAUAAGUUAA